AAAAAAACCUAUACCUGGGCAUGGUUAGAGGUGUGGCUAUUUUUAAAAUGGCUGCACGUCAGGCUGUACUCUUUGAUGUCAGUGUGCGAGAUUCCGCUGGGAGGACUCAAAUAAUACCAGUACGUGCUAGCACAUCAGUUAGCGAUAUAAAGAGAAGCUUUUCGGAAAAGACCGGUGUGCCAUUGAACUCGUACCAACUGGUAUUCGCUGGUAGACAACUCAGUGAUGCGGACACGCUUCAGGCAUUAGGUGUACAGAGCCACAGUACACUGUUUUGUAUAAGAGGAGGAGUCAAAGUUGAAGCAGUUCCUGAUAUAAGUGUAAAAGCUGUUGAAGAUAAACUGGGCAAAAUAGCUACUGAUGAUAUUGAAGAUCCUCCCUCUAGUCCAUCAGCUGCCAAUAAUAGAUUUUAUGUUUAUUGCAAGUCUGUGUGUAAGGAAAUGAAGCCAGGGAAGUUACGUGUGCGUUGUGCCUCUUGUAAAGACGAUAGAUUCACAUUGACAACGGAGCCCCAAGGUUGGUCUGAUGUAUUAGAAAAACAAAAGCUAAGGGGGAGGUGUUAUAAUGAUAAAUGUGGAGGAGAUAAAUUUGCUGAGUUUUAUUUUAAAUGUGCUGGUCAUACUAGUGGGGCAGCUGGAGUGAGAGAUGAUGAAUGUGUUGCUCUGCAUAUGAUUAGAACUAACACAGUAGACAUUGAAUGUCCUUUGUGUGCUGAUGAAAAGGAUAUAAUGGUCGUGUUUACUUGUGAUGGUAAAGAUGGUCACUGCCUCUGUUUGGACUGCUUUAAAGACUUUGCAAGACUAGCUCUAACUGAGCGGAGGUUUAUUGAGAAUGCUCAGUCUGGCUAUAGCAUACAGUGUCCAAAUAGGUGUCCUGAUUCUUUUAUUACUGAAAUACAUCACUUUAGACUAUUAGGAGAUGAACUGUACGAAAGGUAUCAACGGUUUGGUACGGAGGAGUGCCUGUUACAGAUGGGAGGAGUGUUGUGUCCUCAGGUUGGGUGUGGUAUGGGUAUGCUACCUGAAGACCCUGGAAAUAGAGUAACCUGUCCAACCUGCAGACAUACUUUCUGUCGUAAUUGUAAGAAUCCUUAUCAUCGUGGUAACUGUGAUGCUGCCCCGCCCAUACAAGCACUGGCUGGAACAGGGCAGCAAAUAGAUGGUGAGAGAUUGAGGAGGUCAAGAUGGGAUGAGGCGAGUGACGCCUUCAUACGCUCUAAUGCCAGUAUUAAACCAUGCCCACGAUGUCAUGUUAAUAUUGAAAAGAAUGGUGGCUGCAUGCAUAUGACUUGUAGUAAAUGUCGUUUCAAUUUUUGUUGGAUAUGCCUCAUUGAAUGGGGCCGUAGAUGUCAAGAUAAUCACUGGUUUGGAGAAAGAAAUUAGCAACAAAUCUACUUAAUGUGUGGGUGUGAAUUGUUAUUAUUAAUUUUGUUAUUUUUGUAUUUGAUUUUUUUUCUAUAACUAAAGCGUGGGUGUGUGGUAAUUGUCCACUAUUAAUUAAUAUUAAUUUUUAAUAAUAGAAAAUAAUUUUAAGAGGUCUGGGCGUGUCUAUUUAGGCGUGGCUCUUAGUGUUUGGGCGUUAAUUAGAAUGUCAGGUAGAAAUCUUCAAAGAACUGGCCGGAGAGAUCCCUGGGCUAGAUUUGAGGCAUGGCGAUACGCUCCUGAUAUAACUAAGGGCGCCAAUAUGAGACGGAUGUUCCCUGGCUUGGGUAUUGGGUUUGUAGCAUUCCUAGUUCUGUCAGCUUGGGAAGAGUUUUACUACAAGCCACGCCAUCCAGAAGAAUACACAACUCAUCAUUAGUAAUACACAUAGAUAAUAAAACAAGGUACAUUACUCCAUUAUCAAGAAAGACUACUACUACUAUUGAAGAACUAGCUAUUGUACUUGUAUUUUUCUCUCUAUGUGUGUAUAUCUUAUUGUAAUAUGAAUAGGCAUCAAUAGAAUACUAGGUGAUAUAUCUAUUGGCCUUAAGAACUGCC